AUGAAGUCUCUCUUGAAGUUCAUCACCGGUGCGUCCACGAAGAAGGCCAGGUUGGAUAGUGAGAUCACUAAAAACAAGAGUAAGAGUAACAAGGACAAAAAGAGCAAGAAAGAGAGAAAGAGUAAGAAGUCUACUGCGGGCUCUGUAAUCAGUGAACAAACCGAAGCUACUACCCUCCUCAGUGAUGCUGCUGUGAACGAACAUUUGAUUCAGGAUUUCAUUUCCAAGGUCAACGAGCAACCAACUCUAGAAGAGCUGCUCCAAUUCUACGCCAGCGAUGAUGUACCCGUCAAGUUUGAUGACAUGCAUAUCAUGCCUGCGGUGGCUGUGCAGACAGAGGUUGUGAAGCUUACCAAGAGCUUUCAGGAUUUCAAGUUCAGCUAUGAGUCUGUCAAGGAAAUCAAGCCGGGUACAGUGAUCGUAGAAGACUUGGUUGUGUCAGGAACCCACAAUGGGGAACCCUAUAAAUUUAUGGCAUUCCCACCCAUCCCUGCAACUGGCAAGCAUGUUGUGUUGGACCCAGAGAGAGUCUGGUUUGUUAUGAAGGAUGGCAAAAUUGUCAAGCACAUGAUCUUAGCACUUGGCAAUCUCACGGGGCCUCCUGGCAUGUACAUUUCUAUUGGAGGAAACAUGGACGGGCCACCCCCUCCGGGACCUGAUGAGGAAUCGCCUGAAGAGGAAUCACCCAAAGAGGAAUCACCCUAG